GAUAUAAAGCCCAGUAACAUACUCCUGGAUCAGUUUUUCUCCGCAAAAAUUGCUGAUUUCGGUCUUGCGAGAUUGAAAUCGGAGGAUCAGACUCUGUGUGAGAUUGUGGUGGCGGAGAGCGAUGGAUUGAAACUGGAGAGCAAUGGCGUUGUUGGAACAGAGGAUUAUGGAUCUGUUGUUGAAGAGGCUGAGAGUGUGGCUACUACGGGGCUUGAGGAGUUCAAUUUGGGCGGCGUAGAUCAAUCGCCGGAGAGUUUGGUUAGGGUUCCGGGUUCCGCGACUGCAUCGCCGGAGACAUUGGAGGUGAUAACAGCGUCUCCGGAUGCUAUCGGGGCGCCGGUUUCACCGGAAAUGAUGGAGAAAGCCAGUCCUUUGGAGGGGACUUUCGAAAAGGGUAGCGUUGAGGGUGAGAAAGAAGUGGUAAAUGGUGCAAAGAUGAGCGGUGAAGCAACAAAGAGAACAUCGGGGAAGGAUUGGUGGUGGAAGCAAGACAAUGGAAGUGCUGAGAGCGGGAAAGUGAAGGAUUAUGUGAUGGAAUGGAUCGGGACGGAGAUAAAGAAAGAGAGACCCCAUAGUGAUUGGAGUGCAACCUCUUCAAGCGGCAGGUCCAGUGGGAAAUUGGAUAGAAAGAAGAGUAAGAAACGAUUAGAAUGGUGGAUUUCCAUGGAUGAAGAAAAAGAAAAGAAGGCGAAAAGUUGGAAGAAGGAGAAGAGGAAACCAGUUAGAGAGUGGUGGAGAGAGGAGUACUGCGAAGAGUUAGCCAGGAAGAAGAAGAAAAAGAAGAAGAAGAAGCAAGGAGGAGUGUACAGCGAUGAGAAUGGAGGAGAGCAAUGGUGGGCAGGGGAUGAAGACUUAAAUUCAGAGAAAAAGAAGAAGAAGAGGAGUAGGAGUGUUGGUAGUAUGGAUUGGUGGUUGGAUGGGCUGAGCGGGGAGCUAUGGAGAGGUCGAGGCAACAGCCAUGAUUGGAUGAGUGGUGAGAUUCCAAAGAGUGGGAACAUGAGUAGCACACCCAGUAUGAGAGGAACUGUGUGUUAUGUUGCUCCAGAGUAUGGUGGUGGUGGAGAUUUAUCAGAGAAAUCUGAUGUUUAUAGUUUUGGAGUCUUGCUGUUGGUUUUGAUCGCCGGAAGACGCCCACUUGAGGUGACUGGUUCAGCUUCCGAAAUUCAACGUGCUAAUCUCAUCUCAUGGGCUCGCCAUCUUGCCAGGGGAAGGAAACUUGUCGAUUUAGUUGAUAAAAAUGUAGAAUGCUUAGAUCGAGAACAAGCUUUGUUAUGCAUCAGAGUGGCUCUGCUUUGUCUGCAAAAGUCACCAAGUUGCCGACCGUCAAUGAAAGAGGUGGUAGGGAUGAUGACCGGCGAGUUAGAUCCACCCCAGUUACCUGCUGAAUUUUCGCCUUCACCUCCAUCAAAUUUCCCAUUCAAGUCGCGUAAGAAGGGGCGGUGAGUGUUAAUAGCCAAAUCCGAUCCUGUAUUGCUGUAGAUAAACAGAUGAUUGAUGUUAACAGAUUGACAAUUUAAUGAAUUUGAAUUUCAUCCA